UGUCAUUUGACCCGAUGAUGUGCGUGUGGACAGUCUGUGUGGACGAAACUUAUAUCAGAGCUGCGGGGCUGAAGCUCUGCACCUCUAUUCAGAAUUCCGCUGGAAAUUUGGCUAAUUUUAGCAGCCCUGGCUAACCAGCCUGCAUCCUGACGCCGUCUACCGGAGUGCCGCUGAGCAAGCUGCUAUGAGCCAGUGGCGCGUGUUUACAGUGUCAGUGUAAUGUGAGGCCAUGCUCGCUCGGCCACCAUGGCCAGUGUCACGCUGCGGUACUUCUGUUACGGCUGCCUCGCCACCUCGGCCACCUGGUCUGUUCUCCUGUUCCUUUACUUCUCAAUGGGAGCGGAGCCUGGCCAUGGCAGGACCCCCCUACAGCACCGCAGCCAGCCCAUCACCAGAGGACUGGCCGACCACCGGAAGGGGCGUCGCCCUCUGCCAGCCAAUAAGGGGGCAGAGCUGUCACCAGAGAUGGGGAUGAUUUUCAAUGAAGCAGAUCAGGAGGUCAGAGACGCCGGAUACCACAGACACGCCUUUAACGUCCUUAUCUCGACCCGGCUGGGCCAUCACAGAGAGCUACCCGACACCAGAGACCCCCGGUGUAGAGAAAAAUCCUAUCCUCUGGCUCUACCUUCUGCCAGCGUAGUGAUCUGUUUCUUCAAUGAGGCAUUCUCCGCCUUGCUUAGGACGGUCCACAGCGUACUGGACCGAACGCCGGCCUACCUGCUGCAUGAGAUCAUCCUGGUGGAUGACCACAGCGAGCUUGAGGAGCUGAAGGACAACCUGGAUCGCUACGUCACAGAGGAGCUACAGGGGAAAGUGAAACUGGUGAGGAACCAGAAGAGGGAAGGACUCAUCAGAGGACGCAUGAUCGGAGCCUCUCAUGCUACCGGUGAGGUCCUGGUCUUCCUGGACAGCCACUGUGAGGUGAACCAGGCGUGGCUGCAGCCUCUGUUGGCCCCCAUCCAGAAGGACCACCACACCGUCGUCUGCCCCGUCAUCGACAUCAUCUCCGCUGACACGCUUGCAUACUCGCCUUCCCCCAUCGUCCGAGGGGGCUUCAACUGGGGGCUGCACUUCAAGUGGGACCCCGUCCCCCCCUCUGAGCUCAACGGGUCCGAUGGAGUGUCUGGACCAAUCAGGUCUCCCACCAUGGCCGGAGGGCUGUUUGCCAUGAACAGGAAGUACUUCAAUGAGCUCGGCCAAUACGACGCUGGAAUGGACAUCUGGGGUGGGGAGAACCUGGAGAUCUCCUUCAGGAUCUGGAUGUGUGGCGGUCAGCUGCUCAUCAUUCCCUGCUCCAGAGUCGGACAUAUUUUCAGGAAGAGACGGCCCUACGGCUCGCCAGGAGGACAGGACACCAUGGCUCACAACUCUCUGCGGCUGGCGCAUGUGUGGAUGGACGAGUACAAGGAGCAGUAUCUGUCUCUACGUCCGGAGCUACGUGACCGGAGCUACGGCAACAUCAGCGAGCGCGUAGCGUUGAGGAAGCGGCUGCAGUGUCACUCGUUUCGCUGGUACCUGGAAACAAUCUACCCUGAGAUGCAGACUGUUGCCCACGGCAACAAGCAGCAGCCACUGUUCAUCAACAAAGGCCUGAGACGGCCCAAAGUCCUGCAACGAGGACGGCUCCGUAACCUAGCAACUGGUCGUUGUCUGAUGGCCCAGGGCCGAGCGAGUCAGAAGGGUGGAACUGUUGUCCUGCGACCGUGUGACUCCCGAGACCCUGAACAGGAUUGGGCCUAUGAUGAAGACGGGCAGCUGGUUCUCGCAGGUCUGCUGUGUCUGGACGUAUCGGAGGUCAGGACCUCUGACCCUCCCAGACUGAUGAAAUGUCACGGCUCAGGGGGCUCUCAGCAGUGGAGCCUAGGGAAGUCUAACCGGCUCUACCAGGUCUCAGUUGGUCAGUGUCUUGCUGCCUCUCAGCCAGUUGGGCCAAAGGGUUACGUUUCCGUGGCGAUAUGUGAUGCCUCGCAGGAGCAGCAGUGGCAGCUGGAAGGAUGAUGAGGAUAUGUUUAGUUUUGAAGACAAUCAGGAGGAAAAUGUUUUAAAUGUUUUAGUUUCCAAAGAAAUUCGGACCGUUUUAUCGUCUCUGUGUUUAAACAUCCUGGAAGAUCCUGGAACACUUUUAGCAGGAAGGAUUGCAGUAUUACACCAUGGCCACAGGGGGGAUCUUCUGAGUUUCAGACCCAAAGACCAUGAACAUGUCAUAAUGACCUGGAAAGUCCUGGAGUUGACACUGCAGCUUUUGUUUUUAUUUAAAGUGAUGAUCCUGAGAGCUGCACACUACAGGAACAUCAUCACACCUGCGGCUGUGUUUUAAGUUUGUCAUCAUGUCAUUUUUAAUAAAUCUUCCUCACCUGAACCUUCCAUCAGACAUUCGCAGCAGCGGCCAUUUUCACCUUUUCCUCAGAAACUGAGUGUCCUGAGUGUUUUGGAGGAUCAGGGAGCAGAUCUGAACCAUGAACACACACUUCUAUGUGAGGUUAAAACUCCUCACCUCUCCAUCACCAGCAGCAUUCACAUUUUUAUCAUGUAAACCAAAUCUGUCAGCAAUAUGUCUGUUUGAACUUCACUCCAUGAUUAAAUGCACAAGAUUAAUAAAAAAAAAAUCCGAUCUGAGACUCUGAGCAGCUGCAUCAUCAGCAACCAUUUCUAAUUACUAUCAGGAGCUCCUCAAACUCAAAGGAUCCUGUUUCCAGAUCACAUCAUAAAAUGGCCUUCAUUCAGGGAAAUUUCAGCAAUGCUUUGUGUUGUACCCACAAUGCUUUGCACUCACACGCACAGUGCAGACGAAGAUUGAGGUUAGUUUGUGCAAUAUGAAU